AUGGCACUAAGUAUAAGGAAAUUCAUUGAGCACCAGUUAAAUCUGCUGAAGGCACAUGGGGAUGAAGCUGGUGUGAGUGAUGAUCAAUUAUGGACAAACCUCAAAGAGAUGUUAAAUGCACUUCCCACAUAUGUAGGGACUGAAGUGCCAAUACUACAGACACAAUGUGAGAAGGAUAGUAUUAAGGAAAUAUUAGGAGAUGAAUACGACUGGGAUCAAACACUGUGUAAAUCACUGUUAAAAAUAUUGUACUGGAUGAAUGGAAGAAAUCAGGAUGGCAAGAAACAGAGUAUGGGAAGAGGAACAAUUCCUGGGGAGGACAUGGAGCUUAUGUUUCGAUGUAUUGCAGGAAAUGUGGUGAUUUGGGCCAUGUUCGAAAAACAUUGCCAAUUGGAGAAAAUGAUGAACUAUGCAGUACAGAAUGUUAGCGGUAUAUUAGAGUCAUUCGGUAGCACAGAGCCAGUAAGGAAAUGUGGGGAUCACACUUUUAAGGACCUAAAAGUAGGAACGCAAUUUCUGGGCACUUUAGUGAAGGACUGGGUAAAUACGAACAAGAAUUUUUUGCACGAUUAUAAAAUAGUUGAAAAACAGAAAAGUACGAAGUGCAGGAGGAAAGGGAGUAGUGUGAACGGGAAGAGUGCAGCUGAUGAUAGUAAAUUGAAAAAUGUAGGAGGCUAUGAUAAUAGUGGAGCAAAAGAAAUAGAGGAAAUAGUUACGAAGGAGCAGUUCUUAACGGAAAAAAGUGCAAAAGAAGUAAUGGGCAAAAUAGGGAAGGGCCAAAUUGAGGAUACUGAUAAAAUUGAGCAAAUAAUACAACAGAAAAUGAAGGAACAGAUGGAAGCAGCUGCAAACCCCAAACUAUCAGUAGACCAGAAGAACUGUACCAUCACUGGACUGGAAGAUAAUGAGGAAGACACAUGGGAUACUGUACUCACUGCAUUUUCAAACAAUCCAAGUACUGCUGAUGGUAAUAAUAUAUAUGACAAGUGGGAAAAAUAUAGCAGUGUAUGCGAGAAAGAUGCAAUGACAGACAAGGAAUGGACACAGGGAGAAAAAACUUUCUGUAAAAUUUUAAUAAGAAAUUUAAUAUUAGCCAAUGAGAAGAAAUUUGAAUGUGAGGGAAAAAAGAACAAAGUUCCAGGGAAAUAUUGUGUAACAAAAUGUGAUUUGUUGAAUAUGUGGCUUAUGUAUGUGAAGGAUCGUUGUGUAAGUAGUGACAUUAUUAAGUACGCAUACGAAGCAAUGUAUAAUUUGGAGGGCAAAUUAGGGGAAGGGCAGACAGGUGAACUUUGUGAGUAUGGGAAAUUUAGUAGAAUUGCGAGGGAUACUGGCGACGUACUACAUACGGUUACUAGUAAAAUGAUUUGUGAUGGGAAAAGGGGGAAAUUAGGUGAAAUACACAAUAAGGAUUGGUGCAAUGAUACUAAUAAGAAAUACACAAAGAACCUACUUACAGGCGCGGCCCGCAGUGGUAGUGCAGGUGCAGAAAGUGGGAAAGGGAAAGAAUUAAUAGAGAAGUUAGUGCAGGAGGAACAGAAGUUGGGGGGUAAAUUGGACGAAGUGAAAAAUGAGGUGGUCAAACAGCAACCACCACUACCCUCAGGUCCACCCCCACCCCCCGUCCAACCACCAGCAACCAGACAAGGUGUCGAAUGUACAGAUAAGACGGACUUAUGCGAACGAGCCAAUUGCGCAGCGACUAAUUGGUUUAAUGAUAGAAAUGGACGUAACAAACAAGACUGGUGUACAUUUUGGGAUCCAGAUGCCAUAAAUAGACUGAAGGAGCUGUCUGAGGGAAUGAUGGUGACAGACACAACCAUCGAUACAGCAUGUGGAGGCACUGAUGGAAAGAACACUACAUGGGGUGAAACAGAAAAAGCAGCAUGCAAGCUUAUUGCUUCAGGAUUGAAGCAUAUUUAUAGCGUUCAAGAGAAUAAGACAGAGAAUAACACGGUGAAAGCAAGGAAUAAUAGACUAACAGAGCAAACCAUGGGCUGUCUAUUCCUAAACGCUUAUGCAGACAAAUUGAUAAAGGAGGUUAGACGCCCCUGUAAUAUCACAGAGGAUACUAUAAAGGAGGCAUUUAAUAGAGGAAAUAAAAAGAAAGUUGAAUGGUGUAAGGACGAGAAGGCUAAUAGUUUGAAUUGUGUUGAAUGUACAAGGGUACCAAAUCUAAGUUGCGCACUAAGCGUGGAGGAAGAUCUACGGAAACAAGAUAGUAAUUGCGAAAAGGACAAUGACAAUAUAGAAAAAAAAGUGCAGGAAGUGUUUAAGAAAGGGGAGGCGGACAAAGAGAGGCCGAAAAUAAAGGAAGCUCUGACUGCUAUAAAUACUAUAAAUAAUAUAAAUAAUAACUUAUGUGAACGUACAAAGUGCGUAACAGUUAAAUGGUUUGAAAACAGAACAGGUGGGGAAGGAACGGGGACUGUAAAACAGGACUGGUGUACAUUUUGGGAUACCGAUGUCAAGAAUCAACUGGUAAAUCUUUCCAACGGCAUGCUCCAGAAUAAAGACAAUGUUGACAAUGAGUGUAGUAACAUUGGGGAAGUAGGUAAUGCAAGUAGAAAAGCAUGUAAUUACAUUGUUCGGGGUUUAAAGCAUAUUUAUGAAAUUAAAAAGGGUACAGACACACAAAAAAGUGACCAGUGGAAGGAGGACAACCUAAUAUUCCAUAGAACUGUGUCCUGUGUCCUGCUGAAUUCAUUCGUAGAUAAAUUGGAAGAGAACAAAGAGUGCCCCAUCAGGGAGGAUAUAAUAGCACAAGCAUUUCAGAAAGGGAAUGAAAAGAUGAGUGAAUGGUGUGUGGAUAAGAAUAGGGGUGGUAGUGAUUGUGCUGAAUGUACAAGGGUAAAGAAUCUAACAUGCACAGUAAACGUGAAUGGAAAUCUGUGGAAAGAAAAAAAUAAUUGCCAAAAUGACAAAGGUAAUGUAAGGAACAAAGUCGAAGGACUGUUCAAGAAUAAUGAUGCCAAUAUACAGAAAGCUAUGAAAGCAGCAACUGAUAUAUGUCCCAAACCAGAAGCACCACCCACACCCGUCCCAGAACCAGCCAAACCAGAAGCAGUACGACCUCCUGCUGCAGGUGGCAAUUCCUCCCCAGGGCGAUCUGAAGACACCUCUGAACGGGUACCAGUACCACCACCACCAGCACCACCGAGGGAGGAUCAGGCUGCAGGAAAAGGAACAACGGAAAAUGCAAAGAGUGAUGGUAAGUAUAUUGAUCUUUUCCGGGAUGUUCCUGAUUAUAUUCUUAAGGGUGAAUCAGACAAUAGUGCUGUUCAUAAUAAUGUAGAUGAAGACGAUGGUCUUGGGGAUAAAUUCCUCAGUGGUACUUGGUCUAUAACGAGUGAACGUGCGAACACUUCUGUUAUUGACGCAACCAUCACUACUACUUCAGGUCCAGGUCCUAUCCCCCCCGAUACAAGUGAUGAUAGUCAAACUCCAAGCACAGGAACAGACACACAAACUCCAUCCGCAUCCGCUGGUAAAACUUCACCAGCUCAGGCAGGUCCAGCAGGAAAUGACCAAACUAUUCAAGGUGCUGGUGCUGAUCCUGCGGGUAAAUCUGUAGCAGGCACAGAAGCACAUCCUGGAAACAGUGAUCCAAACCAAAGUGUCCAAGAUCCAAGCCUUAGUGUCCCUUCAGCAGGUAUCCCUGAUGGUAGAACUUCCGGUUCCAAAGCAUCAGCUCCUAAGAGUCCUGAAGUCUUAGACGAAUGUCAAAAAGGGGACCUGCAUUCGACGAAGGAAGACUUUUUUGAAAUUUUGGUUCGAGAAUUUAUGGGAAGAAAUUUUAUAGAGGAAGAAAAUGUUCCUGAGGAACACGUUUCUAUGGUUGAUGCUCCUAAGUAA